GAUCCCGUUAAUCUUUCUUACUUUCCUUAAUUUUUGAAAUUUUUUAAUAUUUUGUUUUCGUUUCAAUGGAUCUUUCUGACCUAGGCUCUCUGCCUUUCAGUCGCUUGUUUACAGCGAGGCUGGCCAAGGUCCUACCUCAGGGCGUUUCAUUCAAAGUUCAUCAUAUCUCGACUCCUCCCACGCGAUGCGUGGCUAUCUUCAAUGCUCCUCCUGGCCAGAAACCGGAAAGGACGUAUUGCGAGAGUCAUUUUUUGACCGUGUCGACUCAAAGAAAUGACCAACAUCCUCAAGGUCUCCUUCUCUACGCGAUGGAAAUCCUCAUCUACACCACUGCGCACCUUACCACGGUAUUUGUCUCCAAGGCAGAUUCGACCGGAUACCUGCACCUUCUUGAACUUCCCUCUCACACACCGUCACUGCUGCGCCUGAUAUCGACCGAGUUCCUUUCAUUCUUAGUCGAGGCAAGACAACGUCCGAAUGUGCCGUUAGUCGUGGCACUUUUCGCCAGGGCUCAAGCUCAGUACCUUUUCCCAGGCAGCGUUGAAAAUUCAAAGAAACACGUACUAGACGACAAACAGUUGGUAAAAUGGUGGUGUCGCGUGUUGGAUCCAGUAUUGCGAGAAUACAAUGCCGAAGAGAGCGACGAGGAAGCUGCCUGCGGUCGACAAGCGAGAGGAACUACGGCCAAGAGUUACCUGAUUGUACCGGGUUUCGAUCAGUAUGAAACUGCGUCCUUCUUUCCCCCAACAGCACGGUCAGAUCCCCAAAACCGGAAACGAUGGGUUAAUGCGCACCCACUACGUCAACUUUCCCAACAUCCAUCUGCGCCGCCACGAUGCUUGAUACCCCACUUCCCAGACGAUCCCAAGUCUCGGUUUCUGGACGAAUUGGACGAAGAAAUUCCAGACGCCAAGGCAGCGCAUAUGACGGAUAGCCCAUCCAAGGGUGGAAGCGGAAAAUGGAAAAGCGUUAAGACCCUGGAACAAUUCUGGGAGAUGAUGGCAUUCCGUCAAGAAUGCUCAUCGGGCAGACUAGUCGGGUUUAUAUGGGUUGUUUUCAAUCCCGCGGAGCAAGACGAAGCUGAAGAAUACUUGAACGCUGAAACGCCUUCUUCGAUACACACUCCAUCGCAAUUCUCGGAGGCGCAGGUGCCUGACUCUCCAUCUCGUCGCCCUCCCAAACUGAUGCACGACGCCAUGCAGGGGCCAGUAUCCUCUGCUUCCAAGGCGCGAAAACUCUCUGGUCGCAUAAUUCCGCGGCAACCGCGAAUUAAAAAGGCACUUGGUGCAAAAUUCAACUCAAUGCCCGAACACACCAGAUAUUAUUCCUGGCCAGUCACCAGUCGCGGUCAGGCGCUCCUUGAUGAGAUUGAGUACAAGCGUCUGACCGAAAAGCUGCAUCGACUGGACUUUGCCGAUGAAAAUACGACUCAAGCUAGUACCAAAAAAUGGAUCGGAGAAGCGGCUGUCGCUGCGGGCUUGAAACCUUCCUGGGGUGAGAUUGUCGUCGGUGAACGCAUACUGCCAGUAGAAACCCCGGUCAGCCAGCCUGCUGCAAGUCCCUCUGCAACUGUCACACCAAUGGUUCGUAAGAAGAGGAAAGACGCUCCGGAAGCGAGCGAGUCUGGCCGAACGGAUGUGGGCGCAGGAGAUGCAAACGUGCUAUCGGCAGGAUUUGUCCGAAAGAAGCCUAAAGUUGGCGAGCCCACGGCUGAUACGACGGCGACGGCUCUUUCUGAAAGCUCACCGACAGUCCUCAGUGGAAGUAUGAUCAGGAAAAAACCAAAAGCGGGAUGAUUUGUUUUUGAUAUGCUUAUGUAUACCAUUCGGGAGGCUUACGGUAGGCUUACGGUAGGCUCAGGCGUUGACUGGUGUUUAUUGCUUCAAUAAUCUGGCUGCAAAUGGCUCUUUGGAUACAUUCUUGCUGCAUCAGUCUCCCCAAUCGACAGCGGGGAGUGCAAUAUCUAAUCUAUAACUUUUUAAUCAAUACAAUUGACGGGCAAUAUUCACCUGCCUAGGCAC